AUUAUCCCCUACCCUAGUACAACUGUACAAGUAUCUCUCUCCUCUCCAUUCUCACACCGCCAAAGAAUUUCAGACAUGGGAGAAGUAGACCCAUCCUUCAUCCUACCCAUCGAACACAGGCCCCAACACUCUACCCUCGAAGCUGAAGCCAUUCCAUUGAUCGAUCUCUCAAUUCUAAUCUCUCCAAACCCUAACUCAGUUGAUCGAUUAAUGGAAUCUCUCAUCGCCGAUAUAGGCGAUGCCUGCAAGAACUGGGGUUUCUUCCAAGUAAUCAACCAUGGAGUUCCAUUAGAGAGCCGGAGAAACCUCGAGAUUGCGGGGGCGAAGUUCUUCGGUCUGUCCGAGGAGGAGAAGAAGAGGGUGAGUAAAGAUGAGGUGAACCCAGUGGGUUAUUAUAAUAGAGAGCAUACCAAGAAUGUGAGAGACUGGAAAGAGGUUUUUGAUUUUUUAGUGCAGAGUCCAACAUUGAUACCGGUGUCGCAUGAACCUGAUGACAAAAGCUUGAAAGAGUUGAGUAACCGGUGGCCGGAGAAUCCUCCCGAAUUAAGGGAGGCAUGUGAAAUCUAUGCUGGAGAAGUGCAAAAACUAGCUUACAAGUUGUUGGAACUCAUCUCUAUGAGCUUAGGCUUGCAAGCGAAACGGUUGAAUGGCUUCUUUAAACACCAAACCACCUAUGUUCGACUCAAUCACUAUUCGCCUUGCCCCACCCCUGACCUAGUUCUCGGUGUUGGUCGACACAAGGAUUCGGGUGCCUUGACCAUCGUUGCUCAAGAUGAUGUUGGCGGACUUGAAGUGAAGAGAAAGACAGAUGGAGAGUGGUUUCGCGUCAAACCUACUCCUAAUGCAUAUGUAGUCAAUAUUGGCGACAUUAUUCAGGUUUGGAGCAAUGAAAAGUAUGAAAGUGUGGAGCACAGGGCGGUGGUGAAUUCUGAAAGGGACAGGUUUACCAUUCCAUUCUUCCUCCACCCAGCACACUACACUAUGGUGGAACCCCUGGAGGAGCUGACGGACAAGCAACAUCCUGCCAAGUACAAGGCAUAUAACUGGGGGAAGUUUUAUGCUGCCCGAAAACGCGGUAAUUUCAGGAAGCUUGAAGUUGAAAACAUUCAAAUCUCUCAUUUUAGGGUAUCAGGGAAAUCUGGUUAA